UUUAAACAAAACAAAGAUCCUUGAAUUCGGUUUUGUAUUUUAUUUUAUUUCAAUACACAAAAAACAUCCCAAAUAAAUAUUUUGUCUUUUAAAAAAAAGCAAUAGAAAAGAAAAUCUUUUUGAAAAAAUGAUUCUGCCAGACAGAGAUGGUUGGAUGGUUGUCACCCGUGGACGCAGGCGUGCUGUCCAAGACACACCUAUGCACCAUCCUCACCACCGUACAGGACACUAUUCGCAAGGAGAGAGGUCAUUCUCUUAUGCAGACGUAGUUAAAUAUGGCAAUAACCAGAACCUACGUCAUGCACAGGGACAAAGGGCCCUCUCCUAUGCAAAUGCAGUUAAAUUUUUAGGCCACACGAGGGCACCAAAUACUUACCGUACUGCAUCACAUCAGCGGUCUUUCAGACCACAAUUUUUUGAACCCCAGGUCCAUUGGGGACCUGUCACAAGGAUUACACAAAAACCAAAUCAAACAUGGGCAACUCGGCCACAACCCCAAAAAAAGCACACACAACAGAGACAAAAUUUGGUUCAAAAGAAAUCAGAUGACCCGGAUUUUGCCAUAAAAACCCGUACCAUGUUUAAAAUUAUUAAACUGGUGCAUCACAAAACAAUGUGAGCCAAGAACAACCUCCUGCAUUGACCAAGAUGGAGAAAAAUCUAUCUGAGGUCAUCAAACCAGCUCUGCCAAACCCCACAACACAAGCCCUUAUUGAAGGCAAUGCUAAAAACUGGGCCUACACCACCAUGUUGAUCCUCAAAAACCAUUAUGAGGACACAUUGGUGGAAGAAGUGACCAAACUGCAGCACUAUCCUUCCCGGGGCUGGGAAGAAUGUUUUAACACGGCUGUGUUAUGGGCAAAACGUGGGAUUGGUAAAAGGCUGAGAUAUAGAUCAAUACAGGAGGCUCACACACUGGUAGGGGAUAAAUAUAAGAUCCCUACACCCACUGCUGAGGUGGAGGAAGUGAGAGAGGAAGCAGAGAGGCAAAGUGUCCCUGCUGCUUCCUCUCUGCCACCUGACACAGCGGGCGGUGCCACAGCAGUGCAGGCCUCUGUGCACGCCGAGGCCGAGGCACACUCCCUACCAGAUUUGUCCACCCAACCAGAACCAAAAUCUUCCCGAACCACUUCCACCAUGACGGAUCCACCUAACGAUUGGUCGCCUUAUAGGGAAGAAGAUUCGGACAGUCAGUCCGGAAUCACUCUAGAUCCUCCUGCCUCCCCAAAAGCACAACGCACUCCUCGCCCGAGUUCCAAUCCCUGUGUUAGGUGGGAAGAGGAACUCGUUGUUAUCGAGGACCAGGGAGAGUGCGAGCAGAUUAUUGACGGCAGCUCACAAAGGGUGACCCUAAGCCCAGACAAAAUUGGCAGCCUCAGAACAGCCACACAGGCCCGAAUUAAUGUGGAGCUCAGGGUGCCUUUUGCAACACCAUGUGACUCCAGUGAGUCUGUUCCAAAUAGGCACAUAAACACUCCCAGAAAAAUGUUAGAGUGGAAACUAACUGUCCGGAAGAAAUGCCUGGUCAUUGGGGAUUCCAACCUCUCCAGGAUUCCCCCCUUUAAGAACCCAGACCUCCAAAUUGAAAGCUAUCCGGGGGCCACGUUCAGACACAUGGAGGCCGUGAUAAACAAAAUCCCGGUCUCCAAUGAUGUAGAGCAUCUUAUUUUAGCACUGGGCAUCAACAGUCGCACUCAGAACGCCAAAGACACUGCAAUUAAACAAAUGCAGGCGGCAGUAAGAGCGGCAAAGAAAAAUUCCCGGUUGCGCAGAUUUGGGUUCCGGAACUUAAUUUUUCAGGAACGCUCCCAACAAAAGAGCAAACACAAUUAA